AUUAAAUCCGAAUCGUUUUUGGAAGAUUUAAACAGCAUAUUAAAUUCGGGUGAUGUUCCAAAUAUUUACGCAUCUGAUGAACUCGAUAAAAUAUUUCAAGAAAUGAAAGCUCUCGUAACUGAGAUGGGUUUAGCGGCGACCAAAUCAAAUUUAUUCGCCGUUUAUCAAAAAUGUGUUCGAAUAAAUUUGCAUACAGUUAUAUCAAUGAGUCCAAUUGGAGAACUGUUUAGAGCACGCCUCCGUCAAUUUCCAGCUUUAGUAAAUAAUUGCACUAUCGAUUGGUUUAGUGCAUGGCCCGAUGCAGCCUUACAAUCUGUUGCUUUACAAUUUCUGGAAGAAAUUCCCGACCUAGAUGUUACCCCGGCAGUGUUUCAAGGAAUCGUCAUUAUGUGCCAAUUUAUGCACGCUUCAGUCGUCGACGCAAGUUCCCUUUACCUACAAGAACUUUCCAGACACAAUUACGUAACACCAACACUUUAUUUACAAUUACUUUCAAGUUAUACCGAUUUAAUGGUGAAGAAAAAAACUGAACUUGAAGAGGGUGUAAAUCGAUUAAAAAUAGGUUUGGAAAAAUUGCAAAACACUUCUAAGGAAGUAUCAACUUUACAAGAAAACUUGGUUAUAAUGGCACCAGCUUUGGCAGAAGCCGCGAAAGAGGCCGAAGAAAUGAUUGUUCAAAUCGCCGCCGAUACGCAAGUUGCCGAAGAGGUCAAAGCGGUCGUCGUGAAAGAGGAAGAAGAAGCCACUAAAAAACAAAUCGCAACCUCCGCAAUUGCCGAAGACGCGCAAAGAGAUUUAGCCGCCGCUUUGCCAGCUUUGGAAGCUGCUGAAAAAAGUUUACAAUCACUGAAUAAAGGUGAUAUUAGUGAAGUUAGAACAAUGAAAAGACCACCGCAAGGUGUUAUUUAUGUCAUUGAAUCAAUUUGCAUUGUAAAGGGAGUUAAACCAAAAAUGGUGGCUGGUGAAAAGCCAGGACAAAAAAUUGCGGAUUAUUGGGAACCAGGAAGAAAUUUGUUAGGUGACCCAGGUGCUUUCUUACAAUCAUUAAUAUCUUUCGAUCGCGAUACAAUAACAGAUGACAUGAUUAAUAAAUUGCAAAAAUACGUUGAAGAUCCCGAUUUUGAACCGGCGAAAAUCGCAAAAGUUUCAAAAGCUUGUACUUCAUUGUGCAUGUGGGUUCACGCGAUGUAUAAAUAUUAUUUUGUAAAUAAAAUUGUUGCGCCUAAAAAGGCUGCUUUGGCAGAAGCAAACGCAGAGUUGGCGAUAACCGAAAAGAAAUUAGCUGAAUCACAAGCGAGAAUGCGUGCGGUAGAAAAACGUUUGGACAGUUUAAAUAGAAAACUUCAAGCGAGAAUCGAUUUUAAAGAAGAAAAAGAAAAAAGUAUGGCUGUUUGUGAGGAACGUUUAAACCGUGCUCAAAGAUUAAUUUCUGGAUUAGCUGGAGAAAGAGUUCGAUGGAUCGAAACUAUUGGUAUCAUUGAAGGACAAAUUAUUAAUGUAACGGGUGAUAUUUUAAUAAGUUCCGGUGCUGUGGCUUAUUUAACAAAUUUCACUGACAAAUAUCGACGCGGAAUGUUGUCCGAAUGGUAUCGAGUUUUAUCUAAUCACAAAAUACCUCACACUGAAAAUUCCAAUCCUGUUAACAUUCUUGGAGAAGCGGUUCAAAUAAGACAAUGGCAAUUAGAAGGUUUACCCAGAGAUUAUCUUUCAACGGAAAAUGCCGUUCUUGUUUCUUGUUCGAGAAGAUGGCCAUUAUUUAUUGAUCCACAAGGACAAGCCAAUAAAUGGGUUAAAUGUAUGUGUAAGCCAAGAGGAUUAUCAAUAUGCAAACAAGCAGAUAAAGAUUUAUUACGAACAUUAGAAUCAGGAAUAAGAUUUGGAAAACCGGUUCUAAUCGAAAAUGUUGGUCAAGAAUUAGACCCAGCCUUAGAUCCAAUAUUGAAUCGUUCUGUUUAUAAACAGGGCAAUCAAAUGAUGAUAAAAAUCGGUGACGCCGUGAUUCCUUACAACGACGAUUUCCAAUUAUUUAUAACAACUAAAUGGGCCAAUCCUCAUUAUACGCCGGAAGUAUCGAUUAAAGUGUUGUUAGUAAAUUUUACUUUAGUUCCGAGUGGUUUAGAGGAUCAAUUAUUGGGAAUUGUCGUACUUCAAGAACGACCGGAUUUGGAGGAAUUGAGAAGUACAAUUGUAGUUAGCAUUGCUCAAAUGAAACAAGAAUUGAAAGAGAUUCAAGAUAGGAUUUUAUACAAAUUAAGUGCCAGUGAAGGAAGUCCACUUGACGAUCUGGAAUUUAUCGUUAUGUUGGAAGCUUCGAAAGUAAAAAGCGAAGAUAUUAAAGUAAAAGUGGAAGCAGCUGAAAUUACCCAAGUCGAUAUUGAUCAUACUCGAGCUUUAUACGUUCCCGUAGCAGUUCGAGGACAAAUUUUAUUUUUCUGUUUAUCAGAUUUAGCUAACGUAGACCCAAUGUAUCAAUAUUCAUUGGAAUGGUUUGUUAGUAUUUUCGUUGGAAGUAUGGUUAAUACCGAAACAUGCGACGAUUUAGAUGAACGCGUUUACACCAUCAACGAAUACUUUACUUUUAGCUUAUAUGCAAAUGUUUGUAGGAGCUUGUUUGAAAAGAAUAAGUUACAGUUUGCAUUCUUGAUGUGCAUAAGAAUUUUAAUGAAUUCAAAAAUUAUUGAUCCGCACGAAUGGCAUCAUUUCUUAGCUGGAGGUCAACCAGCUUUGAAUCUUCCAAAUCCAUGUUCAGAUUGGCUUUCUCCAAAGGCAUGGAAUGAAAUUCUCGCUUUAGGAGCAGUUCCAAAAUUUAUAGAUUUUGUUAAAACAUUCGGCGAAAAUAAGAUGGAUUACAAAAGAAUAUUUGACUCAUUAGAACCACAUCGAGAAUCUUUACCCAGUGUUUUAAACGAUUACAACGAUUUUCAAAACAUGAUCGUUUUGAAAAGUUUGCGGCCCGAUAAGGUAACCAAUGCGAUGCAAGAUUUUUUAACGAAAUACUUAGGAGCGAGGUUCGUUGAACCAAUCUCAAGCGAUUUGGGUGACAUGUAUAAAGAAUCAGGACCACUUAUCCCAUUAAUUUUCGUUCUUUCAACCGGAACUGAUCCUGCAGCUUCACUUUUUAAAUUCGCUGACAGGAUGAGAAUGUCUAAAAGGAUGAUGACUAUUUCAUUAGGACAAGGACAAGGUCCUAUAGCUGAAAAAAUGAUUAAGGAAUCGUUAGAUAUCGGAUCAUGGGUAUUCUUCCAAAAUUGUCAUUUAGCUCCAAGUUGGAUGCCACGGUUAGAAAGAAUAAUUGAAACACUUUCACCGGAAAGCAUCCAUAAAGAUUUUCGCAUUUGGUUAACUUCAACUCCAUCCCCGUAUUUUCCAGUUUCAAUUCUUCAAAACGGUUGUAAAAUGACUGUUGAACCGCCGCGAGGAAUUAAAGCGAAUAUGAUGAGAGCUUAUCAAAGUCCAGUAACCGAUUUCUUAGAUUAUCUCGCAUCAGAUAAUGUAAAAGUCCCAAGCUUCAAAUACUUACUGUUUUCACUUUGUUUAUUCCACGCACUUUUAUUGGAACGAAGAAAAUUUGGACCGUUGGGUUUUAAUAUCCCGUAUGAAUUUACCGAUGGAGACUUAAAAAUUUGUAUUUCACAAUUAAAUAUGUUUAUUGACGAAUACGACGAUAUUCCUUUUAAAGUUUUAAUUUACACAGCUGGUCAUAUAAAUUAUGGAGGUCGAGUUACUGAUGAUUGGGAUCGAAGAUGUUUAAUGAACAUUUUGUAUGAUUAUUAUAAUAUUACUGUCUGUACAAGUGGAUAUGUUUUUGAUAAAAAACAAAAACGUUAUUACCAGUUACCUCCUGAUACAGUUUACGCUGAUUACUUAGAUUAUAUCAAAACAUUUCCUUUAAACGACGAUCCGGAAACUUUCGGAAUGCAUCCAAAUGCGGAUAUAAGUUGUGCUCAAGCAUUAACAAAUAUAUGUUUAGCAACUCUGUUAAAGUUACAACCAAAACAAGUCGGCGGAGCGUCUUCUAGCCAAGAAGAUUCAAUAAGCGGUAACGCGAUAGCAAUUUUGAAUGUUGUUCCAAAUGAAUUCGAUUUGGCCCUAAUUUCCGAACGAUAUCCCGUUCUUUAUGAAGAAUCUUUGAACACCGUUAUUAUUCAAGAAGCUAUUCGUUACAAUAAACUUCUCAAAGUCAUUAAAACGAGCUUAAACGAUUUAUUGAAAGCUUUAAAAGGAUUAGUUGUGAUGUCGGAAGCUUUGGAGAGAAUGUCGAAUAGUUUAUUUAGUAAUAUUGUGCCGGUUAUGUGGAGUAGUAAAGCUUACCCUUCUUUAAAGCCUCUAGCUUCUUGGGUAACAGAUCUGCAAGCUCGAGUUAAAUUUUUAAACGGUUGGGUCGAUAAUGGGAUUCCCCCGGCUUUUUGGAUAUCAGGAUUUUAUUUUCCUCAAGCUUUUCUAACGGGAACUUUACAAAAUUUUGCCAGGAAGUACAUAGUGUCGAUAGAUACAAUUAAUUUUGGAUUUGAGGUUCUUAAAGUAGGUCCAAGCGUAAAACCAGCUGAUGGUUGUGUCAUUUUUGGAUUAUACUUGGAAGGAUCAAAAUGGAAUAUGAAUACAAUGUUGUUAGAUGAAUCCAAUCCAAAAGAAUUAUAUACAAAUAUGCCUUAUAUUUGGUUGUUACCAGAAGAACACCACACAAUGGCCAAAGGAAGAUAUGAAUGUCCUACUUAUAAAACGCUAACAAGAGCUGGAACAUUAUCAACAACCGGACAUUCAACUAAUUAUGUUUUAGCAAUUGAGGUUCCCUCAGACCAACCACAAUCCCACUGGAUUAAAAGAGGUGUAGCGCUUAUAUGCGCUUUGGAUUAUUAAAGAAAAUGUAUUACUUUUUAUACAAUAUAUAUUUUUUCAACCAAGA